AUGGAGGCAACUUGGAAGCACCAACACCCAUAUGGUUAUCACCAAUCGACAACUGGAGUGUUUGAUGAGACUACAAACGGUACCACACACGACAACACCUUUCCUCUGCAUUUUCAAAUCAAACCUAGUAUCGACCCUCAAAAUCUAGUUGCUCAGCAUCUUGCCCAGGCGCCACCUAGUCCUGCUGUGAGCCUCGAAACAAACAAGUACAGAAAGCACCACAACGAGGAAGAAAAUGAAGCUUUCCGACAGAAACUCAUCCACGAGUUGUCUGGUGCCUGGGACGACCCCCGCACUACCAGUGCCUUUCUAAAGCUAGUUGAGGUUCUGAAAACCGAGGGAUGUGCUGUAUUUGCUGGUCUCAUUGACAAAGCACGAUUCACUACCUUGAUUGGGGACUACACGCAAGCGAUGGCGACAUCCGGCAGUGAGGCGUUCUUACAUUCGUUCCUCAAUCUCUCCCAACAUCCAAGCUUUUUGAAGAACAAGAUCUAUAAUGACGCGUUCAUUCACCCACUUUUGGUUGCUCUGAUUGCAUAUACGAUGGGCGGUGCGAUCAGAAUGACUGAUGUGCGAGGAAAAGACACCCAACCAAUCUCAGUCAAUGCCCAAGACAACAUGCUUCACAUUGACAACACUCCAUUCCGACAUGAGUUCAAGGUUCUUGUCGGGUGGAAAAAGGGAGUUCCCAGAGGCCCGACGGGCCAGAACUUCACUUAUAUUCCCGGGACACAUCUCGGCAAUCGCCGCAUCCGCCUAGAUGAAGUCGGUAGACCUUGGUCGACAGAAAACGACAGUGUAUUCUUGACAGAAACUUCCUUGGAAAACGUCUUUGGGUUUCAGAAGCGCGUAUACAAUCAAAGCCCAUGUGUUGUUGAAGUACAAUACCCAGACCAGCCGAUAACGGUUGCAUUCAGUGCUGGUUCUUUGGUUCACCAUCGCUAUCGGACUAAGUAUGGGAGCGCUCGCAGUUGCAUUAUUGCGGCGUUUCAUCUCAUAUCCGACAGUCCCGGUUCCUUGCUCCCCGUCCAAGAAGGAGACGCAGGUCGGCAAAGUUCUAUAUUCGAUAUGAUCUUAGGUCGUUGGGAGAAUAAUUCCAAUUCCGAAUUUGUGGCAGUACUCGCGAGAGAGGCCUCCGUGAUUCAGAAAAAAAUCCUAGAGAUUUCUAGUCAUGGUCACAUGUCCAAAUUGCUGGAUGCAUCGAGGCUCACUCUCAGCGGCGAAGCAUUUGGCCGAUGGAAACAGGCUGUUAUCAGCGCGCCCUCAACCACCUCCGUCAAGUUUGAUCGGGGUUGUUUCUUGACUUCUGAUCAAAAUCGGAUGGAAAAAUCAUGCCUGCUGAAUCGACUGACGAACGUCAUGUCAUACGAUAAACAUGGGCUUUUAGACCUGAAGCUCUAUCAAGACGGCCGGGAAGAAAUCCGGAAGCCUGCUCGCAAGCACAUAUUUUGUCUCACGCGGGAUACCAUAUAUAAUCGCCUUGAGAAAUGGUUUCUUGAUGUUGUAGGCUAUGAAUUUACGCCAUUGGACAUCAUGAGGCCAUCCGUCUUGAAAAACUGUGCGGUUCUAGUUGCGGGGCAUCUACAAGAAGCAGCUGAACAGUAUCCCUACCAAAUUUCUGAACCGAGGGACGAGCUUCGGUCAUUUUCUCAGUUGCUUACGGAUCUUGGUGAAUCGAUCACCCGAUGUGAUGCUGUUGAGACCUACAUAUCGACUAGCUUGUUCAUUUUUUGGGCGAUUGACCAGACUCUGGCAUACUUGGACCGGAAGAUAUACUUGGAUGCUCGGACUGCAGGCGUUCUUUCCUUGAGAUCUUACAUCUCUACAACCCUUCUUGUGGAGCAAGCGUAG